AUGCCAGCAGGGCAGCGCAAGAGACGCUCCGGCCGCUUGCCAACAAACUCUCCUAGAUCCAAGAGGGGGCCUCGUGUGCACGUGGCUCUGGGGACUCUGAGCUGGCUCUGCCCACAUCCCACUCACUGUCUGGAGAUGCAAACAGACCAAAAAGCUCCAGUCCUGACAUUCAUGGGGCUGCUGUGCUCUUUCCAGAGCUGUUUCAUCUGCUGCAAGAUGGGGGCCACCAUCACCUGCUGCCAGACGGCCUGCGACCGCACCUUCCACCUGCCCUGUGCCCCAGACGGACAAUGUGUCACCCAGUACUUCGGGGCCUACAGGUCCUUCUGCUGGGAGCACCGCCCACAGCAGGCACUGCGGCCACGUCCAAGCCAGGACAACACCUGCACCAUCUGCCUGGACACGGUGGAAGACAACAUCUCCUACAUAACCAUGGCGUGUCCCGCGUGCCAAGACGCCCGCUUCCACCGGCACUGCAUCCAGAGACUGGCUCUGCACGCUGGCAUUGACUUCCGAUGCCCGCGUUGCCUCAAACAAGAGCCGUUCAUGACGGAAAUGCUCACCAUGGGGAUCCGACUCUCUAAGAGACCCCCAUCAUGGCAGAGUGACCCAGACGUCGGACCCUCAGAUCAGAGGCACGGCCGCUGCGAUGCCACAAGGUGCCUUUGUCCAGGAGGCAGGGAGCACUCGCAGGCACACGGACCUUGGCAACUGCGCCUCUGCAGCUCCUGCGCUGCUGAGGGCAUCCACCGACUCUGCUCCUCUUUGGGGAACAGCACCUGCUCCUGGGAGUGCAGCACCUGUGCUGCCACCGACACUGGUAGGCAACAAAGCUUUCAGCACUAUGCAAUCCACACAGGGACCACAAUGGGCCUGGCACCAGGGCCCUCGGCACAGCUUGGCUCCUGGAAAGGGCGGGAUACCACAGCGGCCUCUCCUGCCUGCAGCCUGGGGACUGUCCUGACAACCUUCCUUCUGCCUGCCCCUCUUUGCAGGUUCCACUGGCAAAUCAGACCUUGUGGGCCCCAAAACCUCAAGCACAGAACUGCUGACUCUGUCCCAGGACACGGUGCUCCUCAAGAGCAGCUGCUCCAUCAGCCCUCAGCAGGCCUUCAAGCAGGGCCUCGUGUGCACGUGGCUCUGGGGACUCUGAGCUGGCUCUGCCCACAUCCCACUCACUGUCUGGAGAUGCAAACAGACCAAAAAGCUCCAGUCCUGACAUUCAUGGGGCUGCUGUGCUCUUUCCAGAGCUGUUUCAUCUGCUGCAAGAUGGGGGCCACCAUCACCUGCUGCCAGACGGCCUGCGACCGCACCUUCCACCUGCCCUGUGCCCCAGACGGACAAUGUGUCACCCAGUACUUCGGGGCCUACAGGUCCUUCUGCUGGGAGCACCGCCCACAGCAGGCACUGCGGCCACGUCCAAGCCAGGACAACACCUGCACCAUCUGCCUGGACACGGUGGAAGACAACAUCUCCUACAUAACCAUGGCGUGUCCCGCGUGCCAAGACGCCCGCUUCCACCGGCACUGCAUCCAGAGACUGGCUCUGCACGCUGGCAUUGACUUCCGAUGCCCGCGUUGCCUCAAACAAGAGCCGUUCAUGACGGAAAUGCUCACCAUGGGGAUCCGACUCUCUAAGAGACCCCCAUCAUGGCAGAGUGACCCAGACGUCGGACCCUCAGAUCAGAGGCACGGCCGCUGCGAUGCCACAAGGUGCCUUUGUCCAGGAGGCAGGGAGCACUCGCAGGCACACGGACCUUGGCAACUGCGCCUCUGCAGCUCCUGCGCUGCUGAGGGCAUCCACCGACUCUGCUCCUCUUUGGGGAACAGCACCUGCUCCUGGGAGUGCAGCACCUGUGCUGCCACCGACACUGGUAGGCAACAAAGCUUUCAGCACUAUGCAAUCCACACAGGGACCACAAUGGGCCUGGCACCAGGGCCCUCGGCACAGCUUGGCUCCUGGAAAGGGCGGGAUACCACAGCGGCCUCUCCUGCCUGCAGCCUGGGGACUGUCCUGACAACCUUCCUUCUGCCUGCCCCUCUUUGCAGGUUCCACUGGCAAAUCAGACCUUGUGGGCCCCAAAACCUCAAGCACAGAACUGCUGACUCUGUCCCAGGACACGGUGCUCCUCAAGAGCAGCUGCUCCAUCAGCCCUCAGCAGGCCUUCAAGCAGGGCCUCGUGUGCACGUGGCUCUGGGGACUCUGAGCUGGCUCUGCCCACAUCCCACUCACUGUCUGGAGAUGCAAACAGACCAAAAAGCUCCAGUCCUGACAUUCAUGGGGCUGCUGUGCUCUUUCCAGAGCUGUUUCAUCUGCUGCAAGAUGGGGGCCACCAUCACCUGCUGCCAGACGGCCUGCGACCGCACCUUCCACCUGCCCUGUGCCCCAGACGGACAAUGUGUCACCCAGUACUUCGGGGCCUACAGGUCCUUCUGCUGGGAGCACCGCCCACAGCAGGCACUGCGGCCACGUCCAAGCCAGGACAACACCUGCACCAUCUGCCUGGACACGGUGGAAGACAACAUCUCCUACAUAACCAUGGCGUGUCCCGCGUGCCAAGACGCCCGCUUCCACCGGCACUGCAUCCAGAGACUGGCUCUGCACGCUGGCAUUGACUUCCGAUGCCCGCGUUGCCUCAAACAAGAGCCGUUCAUGACGGAAAUGCUCACCAUGGGGAUCCGACUCUCUAAGAGACCCCCAUCAUGGCAGAGUGACCCAGACGUCGGACCCUCAGAUCAGAGGCACGGCCGCUGCGAUGCCACAAGGUGCCUUUGUCCAGGAGGCAGGGAGCACUCGCAGGCACACGGACCCUGGCAACUGCGGCUCUGCAGCUCCUGCGCUGCUGAGGGCAUCCACCGACUCUGCUCCUCUUUGGGGAACAGCACCUGCUCCUGGGAGUGCAGCACCUGUGCUGCCACCGACACUGGUAGGCAACAAAGCUUUCAGCACUAUGCAAUCCACACAGGGACCACAAUGGGCCUGGCACCAGGGCCCUCGGCACAGCUUGGCUCCUGGAAAGGGCGGGAUACCACAGCGGCCUCUCCUGCCUGCAGCCUGGGGACUGUCCUGACAACCUUCCUUCUGCCUGCCCCUCUUUGCAGGUUCCACUGGCAAAUCAGACCUUGUGGGCCCCAAAACCUCAAGCACAGAACUGCUGACUCUGUCCCAGGACACGGUGCUCCUCAAGAGCAGCUGCUCCAUCAGCCCUCAGCAGGCCUUCAAGCAGGGCCUCGUGUGCACGUGGCUCUGGGGACUCUGAGCUGGCUCUGCCCACAUCCCACUCACUGUCUGGAGAUGCAAACAGACCAAAAAGCUCCAGUCCUGACAUUCAUGGGGCUGCUGUGCUCUUUCCAGAGCUGUUUCAUCUGCUGCAAGAUGGGGGCCACCAUCACCUGCUGCCAGACGGCCUGCGACCGCACCUUCCACCUGCCCUGUGCCCCAGACGGACAAUGUGUCACCCAGUACUUCGGGGCCUACAGGUCCUUCUGCUGGGAGCACCGCCCACAGCAGGCACUGCGGCCACGUCCAAGCCAGGACAACACCUGCACCAUCUGCCUGGACACGGUGGAAGACAACAUCUCCUACAUAACCAUGGCGUGUCCCGCGUGCCAAGACGCCCGCUUCCACCGGCACUGCAUCCAGAGACUGGCUCUGCACGCUGGCAUUGACUUCCGAUGCCCGCGUUGCCUCAAACAAGAGCCGUUCAUGACGGAAAUGCUCACCAUGGGGAUCCGACUCUCUAAGAGACCCCCAUCAUGGCAGAGUGACCCAGACGUCGGACCCUCAGAUCAGAGGCACGGCCGCUGCGAUGCCACAAGGUGCCUUUGUCCAGGAGGCAGGGAGCACUCGCAGGCACACGGACCUUGGCAACUGCGCCUCUGCAGCUCCUGCGCUGCUGAGGGCAUCCACCGACUCUGCUCCUCUUUGGGGAACAGCACCUGCUCCUGGGAGUGCAGCACCUGUGCUGCCACCGACACUGGUAGGCAACAAAGCUUUCAGCACUAUGCAAUCCACACAGGGACCACAAUGGGCCUGGCACCAGGGCCCUCGGCACAGCUUGGCUCCUGGAAAGGGCGGGAUACCACAGCGGCCUCUCCUGCCUGCAGCCUGGGGACUGUCCUGACAACCUUCCUUCUGCCUGCCCCUCUUUGCAGGUUCCACUGGCAAAUCAGACCUUGUGGGCCCCAAAACCUCAAGCACAGAACUGCUGACUCUGUCCCAGGACACGGUGCUCCUCAAGAGCAGCUGCUCCAUCAGCCCUCAGCAGGCCUUCAAGCAGGGCCUCGUGUGCACGUGGCUCUGGGGACUCUGAGCUGGCUCUGCCCACAUCCCACUCACUGUCUGGAGAUGCAAACAGACCAAAAAGCUCCAGUCCUGACAUUCAUGGGGCUGCUGUGCUCUUUCCAGAGCUGUUUCAUCUGCUGCAAGAUGGGGGCCACCAUCACCUGCUGCCAGACGGCCUGCGACCGCACCUUCCACCUGCCCUGUGCCCCAGACGGACAAUGUGUCACCCAGUACUUCGGGGCCUACAGGUCCUUCUGCUGGGAGCACCGCCCACAGCAGGCACUGCGGCCACGUCCAAGCCAGGACAACACCUGCACCAUCUGCCUGGACACGGUGGAAGACAACAUCUCCUACAUAACCAUGGCGUGUCCCGCGUGCCAAGACGCCCGCUUCCACCGGCACUGCAUCCAGAGACUGGCUCUGCACGCUGGCAUUGACUUCCGAUGCCCGCGUUGCCUCAAACAAGAGCCGUUCAUGACGGAAAUGCUCACCAUGGGGAUCCGACUCUCUAAGAGACCCCCAUCAUGGCAGAGUGACCCAGACGUCGGACCCUCAGAUCAGAGGCACGGCCGCUGCGAUGCCACAACGUGCCUUUGUCCAGGAGGCAGGGAGCACUCGCAGGCACACGGACCCUGGCAACUGCGGCUCUGCAGCUCCUGCGCUGCUGAGGGCAUCCACCGACUCUGCUCCUCUUUGGGGAACAGCACCUGCUCCUGGGAGUGCAGCACCUGUGCUGCCACCGACACUGGUAGGCAACAAAGCUUUCAGCACUAUGCAAUCCACACAGGGACCACAAUGGGCCUGGCACCAGGGCCCUCGGCACAGCUUGGCUCCUGGAAAGGGCGGGAUACCACAGCGGCCUCUCCUGCCUGCAGCCUGGGGACUGUCCUGACAACCUUCCUUCUGCCUGCCCCUCUUUGCAGGUUCCACUGGCAAAUCAGACCUUGUGGGCCCCAAAACCUCAAGCACAGAACUGCUGACUCUGUCCCAGGACACGGUGCUCCUCAAGAGCAGCUGCUCCAUCAGCCCUCAGCAGGCCUUCAAGCAUGCCUCGGGUCCUCCUUCGCCCUGGUCCCGCCAUCCAUAUCCAUCCGCGACUGUGCUCACGGUGGACGGCGAGGAGCCGCUCCUCCGGCACCCACCAAGGAGUGA